AUGAAUGAUCGUUUACAACCAGGAUGUAUUAUUCUUAUUGAUACAGAAGCUCAUACAAUUGAAUUUAAUGAUGAUGUAAAAAAUCGUAUUUCAAAAAAAAGACCAUAUAAAAAAUUGUAUAGUCAAAGAAUUCAUAUGGAUAACUUAAGAAAAGAUGAUAUUGUAUCACAUGGAACAGUUAAAAAUGAAUUUUUAAUAAAAUCAACUCUUAGAGAAAUUGGUAUUGGUAGUGCUAAAGUUAGUAAAAGUGGAACAAGUGAUAUUAAAAAAAAAGAUAUUCAUCUUUAUACUGAUAGAAGAUUAUCACUAUUUUCAUUUUCUCCUGAUACUUUUAGUUUACUUCUUGUACCAAUGAUUAAAGAAAAAAAAGAAGCACUUGGUUCUAUGGGAAAUGAUGCUGCUUUAGCUUGCCUUUCUGAUUACUCGCCAACAUUAUCUUCUUAUUUUCAACAACUUUUUGCUCAAGUUACCAAUCCACCAAUUGAUCCAUUCCGUGAACAAAUUGUUAUGUCACUUCGUUGUCCAAUUGGUCCAGAAUCUAAUAUUCUUCAAAGUAAUCAACCAUUAGAAGGACGUAUUAUUUUAGAUCAACCUGUUUUAUCAUUAGUUGAUAUGCAUAUUCUUAAAAGAACUAAUUUUAAUGGUUGGAGAAGUAAGACAAUUGAUAUUACCUAUCCAAUACGUCAUGAUAUAUAUGGUUUAGUACCAGCUUUAGAUCGUAUUUGUUCUGAAUCUUGUUCAGCAUGUUUAGAUGGAUAUCAAAUAAUAAUAUUAUCUGAUAGAAAUGUUAAUAAUUAUAAUGUACCAUUACCAACACUCCUUGCUGUUGGUGCUGUUCAUCAAUCAUUAGUUAAACAACGUUUAAGAACAAAAGUUGCAUUAAUUGUUGAAUCUGGAGAAACAAAAUUAGUUCAUGAUUUUUGUGUACUUCUUGGUUUUGGUGCUGAUGCUAUUUGUCCAUAUAUGGUUUUUGAAACAUGUUAUCGUCUUCGUACAAUGGGUUUACUUGAUAAAGAAUUAACUGAUGACGCAAUUUUCCAAGGUUAUCGAGCUGGAAUUGAGCGUGGUAUUUUUAAAGUUAUGGCUAAAAUGGGUAUAAGUACACUUCAUAGUUAUAAAGGUGCUCAAAUAUUUGAAGCAGUUGGAUUGGGACAAGAAGUUGUAGAUAGAUGUUUUACAAAUACUGUAUCUCGUCUUGGUGGUGCUGAUUUUAAUGUUAUAGCAGCAGAAAUGUUAAGACGUCAUCGACAUGCUUUUCCAUUAACAGAAGUUGAAGAAGGUGGUCAUGAUUUUGGAGAUAGUAAAGUACUUGUUUCUAAUGGUACAUAUCAUUGGAGAAGUGGGGGUGAAAAACAUGUAAAUGAACCUGUUAAUGUUGCUAAAUUACAAGCUGCUGUUAAAUCAAACGAUAAAAAAACAUACCAAGAAUUUUCAACAGCAUCAAAUAUGGCACAGAGAUUAUGUACUUUAAGAGGACAACUUGAAAUUAAAACAAAUAAAAAUAUUACUAUUCCGCUUGAUGAAGUUGAACCAGCAUCUGAAAUUGUUAAAAGAUUUGUCACUGGUGCUAUGUCAUUUGGAUCAAUUUCUUGGGAAGCUCAUACAACACUUGCUAUUGCCAUGAAUAGUAUUGGUGCAAAAUCAAAUACAGGUGAAGGUGGUGAAAAACCAGAAAGAUAUCGUCAAGGUCAACCAAAGGAUAAUAAUCUUCGUUCAGCUAUAAAACAAGUUGCUUCUGGACGUUUUGGUGUUAAUAGUGCAUACCUUGCAAAUGCUGAUGAACUUCAAAUUAAAAUGGCACAAGGUGCUAAACCAGGUGAAGGUGGUGAACUACCAGGUCAUAAAGUUACAAAAGAAAUUGCUGCAACACGUAAAUCAACUCCAGGUGUUGGAUUAAUUUCUCCACCACCUCAUCAUGAUAUAUAUUCUAUUGAAGAUUUAGCUCAAUUAAUUUAUGAUUUAAAAUGUGCCAAUCCAAAAGCACGUGUAAGUGUUAAACUUGUUUCUGAAGCUGGUGUUGGUAUUGUAGCUGCUGGUGUUGCAAAAGGUAAUGCUGAUCAUAUUGUUAUUUCUGGACAUGAUGGUGGUACUGGUGCAUCAAGUUGGACAGGUAUUAAACAUGCUGGAUUACCAUGGGAACUUGGAGUUUCUGAGACACAUCAAGUGUUAACAAUGAAUAAUUUAAGAUCAAGAGUUAUAUUACAAGCUGAUGGUCAAAUUAGAACUGGACGUGAUGUUAUGAUAGCUGCACUUCUUGGAGCUGAUGAAUACGGUAUGGCUACAGCACCACUUAUAGCUUUAGGAUGUAUUAUGAUGAGAAAAUGUCAUUUAAAUACAUGUCCUGUUGGUGUUGCAACACAAGAUCCAGCAUUACGUGCUAAAUUUGAAGGUAAACCAGAAUAUGUUAUCAAUUAUAUAUUUAUGGUUGCUGAAGAGGUACGUUAUUAUCUUUCAAGAUUAGGAUUACGUUCAGUUCAAGAAGCUAUUGGACGUGUUGAUUUACUUUACGCUAAUCCAAGUCCAAUAAAUCAUAAAGCUACUCUUCUUGAAUUUGGUAAUAUUUUAAGAAAUGCUUCACAUUUAUUCCCUGAACAUAGUAUUACUGGUGGUUCAAUUAAACAUCAUCAUGAAAUUAGUGCUUUAGAACAAGAUGUUUUAAAGGAAGCAAUGGUUGUUUUUGAAAAAGCAGGUCAUAUUACUGUUAAAGCUGAUAAAAUAACUAAUAUUGAUAGAACAUUUGGAGCUAGAUUGAGUUAUGAAAUAUCAAUUCGUUAUGGUGAAAAUGGAUUACCAGAUGAUCGAUCAGUAACUAUUAAUCUUAAAGGGCAUGCUGGACAAAGUUUCUGUGCUUUUAUGGCUAAAGGAAUUAUUGUUAAUUUAGUUGGUGAUGCUAAUGAUUAUGUUGGUAAAUGUUUGUCUGGUGGUAAAAUAACUAUUCGUCCACCACCAAAUUCUAAUUUUAAGUCUGAAGAAAAUACAAUUAUUGGUAAUGUAGCACUUUAUGGUGCUACAUCUGGUACAGCUUUCUUCCGUGGUGUUGGUGGUGAAAGAUUUGCUGUAAGAAAUUCUGGAGCAACAGCUGUCAUUGAAAGUGUUGGUGAUCAUGGUUGUGAGUAUAUGACAGGUGGAAGAGUAGUAAUAUUAAAAUCUAUCGGUAAAAAUUUUGCUGCUGCUAUGUCUGGUGGUAUUGCAUACAUUUUCCAGAAUCCUAAUAAUGAUAUAACAAAAUCAAUGAAUGUUGCAACUAUUGAUAUUGAUGAACCAACACUUGAAGAUGCUGAUUGGGUAAAAAAUAUUAUUGAAGAUUUUGUCAAUGAAACAGAUUCCGAAAUAGGAAAAAAUAUUUUGAAAAAUUGGAUUGAAUAUAAAUCAAAACUUAUUAAAAUAUUUCCAAAAGAUUAUAAAGCUGCUCUUAAAGCAAUUAAAGAGGAAGAAGAAGCAAAAGCAAUAUUAAAAGAAUCAUCUAGUGAAGAUAAAAGAUUCUUAACUACUAGUGAUUAUCAUCGAGAUAGAAAAAUAUCGAUGGAUAUGCAAAUUCAUGUUAAAGAUAGGCAUGGUCGUGUUCGUCCACUAAUAAAAUCCAUGAAAUUUGAAGGUAACAUUAAUAAACGUACUCGAACAUAUUCAAAAACAAUACGUGAUACUGAUAAACUUGGUUUUGAAGAAACAGCUGAUAUUCAAGAAGAAAUUGAAGAAGAACAAUUAGAGGAAGAUGAACAAUUAUCUGAAGUUUCUGAUGAAGGAAUGUCUGAUUCAGAGAUUCAAACAUCAAAGAAACAACAAAUUAUUCCUGAUAUAGAAAAUAUUGUUAAAGAUGAAAAAAAGAAAGAAGAAGAAUUAGAUAAAAUUCGUGGAUUUGUUAAAUAUCGUAGGCAAAAAAUUGUUUAUCGAUCUGCUGAGAAACGUCUUCAAGAUUGGGAUGAAGUUACUGAUUAUCAAACAGUACGUGCAAAUAUUCGUGAACAAGCAGCAAGAUGUAUGGAUUGUGGUAUACCAUUUUGUCAAAGUAAUACUGGUUGUCCACUUGGAAAUAUUAUACCAAAAUUCAAUGAUUAUGUAUUUAGAAAAAAUUGGAGACAAGCUCUUGAACAAUUAUUACAAACAAAUAAUUUCCCUGAAUUUACUGGUCGUGUAUGUCCAGCACCAUGUGAAGGAGCUUGUUGUCUUGGUAUUAAUUCACCUGCUGUAACAAUUAAAGGAAUAGAAUGUGCUAUAAUUGAUUAUGCUUUUCUUCAAGGAUGGAUGACACCACAAAUACCAAAAGUAAGAACAGGAAAACGUAUUGCAAUUAUUGGAUCUGGUCCUGCUGGUUUGGCAUGUGCUGCACAAUUAAAUAAAGUUGGUCAUGUAGUUGUUGUUUAUGAAAGAAAAAAUCGUAUUGGUGGAUUACUUAGAUAUGGAAUACCAACAAUGAAACUUGAUAAACAUAUUGUUGAUAGAAGAAUAAAACUUAUGCAAGAAGAAGGUAUUAAAUUUUUAACAAAUACUGAAAUAGGUAAAGAUGUUAAUGCUGAAUUCUUAUUAAAAGAUAAUGAUGCAAUUGUAAUUUGUACUGGAGCAACAACACCAAGAGAUUUAGCUAUUGAGAAUCGUGAUGCACAAGGAAUAUGUUUUGCAAUGACAUUCCUUGAAAAAAGUCAACGUAUACGUGCUGGAGAUGAUGUAUCAUGGGAAGGUUUAUCACCAAAAGAUAAACGUAUUGUUAUUCUUGGUGGUGGAGAUACAGCAACUGAUUGUAUUGGAACCUCUCUUAGAUUAGGUGCUAAAUCUGUAAGAGCAUUUGAAAUAUUACCACAACCAGGAGAAAAAAGAAAACUAGAUAACCCAUGGCCACAAUGGCCAAUUAUUUUCCGUACUGACUAUGGACAUGAGGAAGCUAUUAUUAAACAAGGAUCUGAUCCAAGAACAUAUUCAAUUUCAACAAAAAAAUUCCUUUGUGCUACAACUGAAGAUGGUAAAAAAGUUGUUACUGGUUUGUCAACUGUUCGUGUUGAAUGGGAAAAAGAUGAAAAAGGUGCAUGGAAACUUAAUGAAAUUGAGGGAAGUGAAGAAACAAUUGAAGCUGACAUAGUUAUUCUUGCCAUGGGAUUUUUAGGACCUGAACAAACAAUUAUUGAACAACUUAAACUUAAUACUGAUCAACGGUCAAAUAUUAAGACAUUUACAGAAAAAUAUGCAACUAGCAUGGAUAAAGUUUUUGCUGCUGGUGAUUGUCGUCGUGGGCAAUCACUUGUUGUUUGGGCUAUUAAUGAAGGACGUCAAUGUGCUCGUGAAGUUGAUAAUUCUUUGAUGGGAUUUACUUCAUUAGCAGGACCAGGUGGUAUUGUAUUAGCACCUAAUAACAAUUAA